GAAGGCAGUAGGGGGAGGGGAGUGGAGAGAGAGCUCGGGAGGAGGAGGAGGAAGAGAGGGGAGCUGGGGAAAGAGGCACCCGGAAGGCAGGAGGAGAGGCCAGGCGGGAAGCCGCACCCGCCCCACUCCCGCCAGGUCUGAGGCUCCCCGCAAGAAAGACCCCGUCCCACUUUCUGAGGUCUCCUCCCAGCCCCACAAAAGGGGACAUUCCACCAAGUUUGCCCAACAAGUAGGUCUCAGCCACUGUGCUAGGAGCUCAGGAGUCCCUCCCUCCAGAGGUUUCUGGAAUGCAUUCAGCAGGCAAAGCGAAGAGAACGGGACUGCAGGAGAAUAGCCAAGGCCAAGUCGAUCCGAGGGUCUAACCCAAGUAGCAGCACUUCACAUUUGCUGGAUGUACACGCGGAAGAGGAGGAGGAGGAGGGCAGCUCCUUAGCUCAAAGCUAGUGGUCCAAGGCCUCAGAGGACUAGAAGGAAGUUCCUGGCCAUUCAGCAUGGUUUCCCAUGGGUCCUCGCCCUCCCUCCUAGAGGCCCUGAGCAGCGACUUCCUGGCCUGUAAAAUCUGCCUGGAGCAGCUGCGGGCACCCAAGACCCUGCCCUGCCUGCAUACCUACUGCCAGGACUGCCUGGCCCAGCUGGCCGAUGGUGGCCACGUCCGCUGCCCCGAAUGCCGUGAGACCGUGCCUGUGCCGCCCGAGGGCGUGGCCGCCUUCAAGACCAACUUCUUCGUUAAUGGACUGCUGGACCUGGUGAAAGCCCGGGCCUGUGGAGACCUGCGUGCUGGGAAGCCAGCCUGUGCCCUGUGUCCCCUGGUAGGGGGCACCAGCGCGGGAGGGCCGGCCACGGCCCGGUGCCUGGACUGUGCCGACGACUUGUGCCAGGCCUGUGCUGAUGGGCACCGCUGCACCCGCCAGACCCACUCCCACCGGGUGGUGGACCUGGUGGGCUACAGGGCGGGGUGGUAUGACGAGGAGGCCCGGGAGCGCCAGGCGGCCCAGUGUCCCCAGCACCCCGGGGAGGCACUGCGCUUCCUGUGCCAGCCCUGCUCGCAGCUGCUGUGCAGGGAGUGCCGCCUGGACCCCCACCUGGACCACCCCUGCCUGCCCCUGGCUGAGGCUGUGCGUGCCCGGAGGCCGGGCCUGGAGGAGCUGCUGGCUGGUGUGGACAGUAACCUGCUAGAGCUGGAAGCAGAGCGGAGGGUGGAGAAGGAAGCGCUGACCCGGCUGCGGGAGCAGGCAGCCCGGGUGGGGACACAGGUGGAGGAGGCGGCCGAGGGUGUCCUCAGGGCCCUGCUGGCCCAGAAGCAGGAGGUGCUGGGGCGGCUGAGAGCCCAUGUGGAGGCUGCCGAAGAGGCUGCUCGGGAGAGGCUGGCGGAGCUCGAGAGCCGGGAGCAGGUGGCCAGGGCAGCGGCCGCCUUUGCCCGCCGGGUACUCAGCCUGGGGCGAGAGGCCGAGAUCCUCUCCCUGGAGGGGGCGAUUGCGCAGCGGCUCCGGCAGCUGCAGGGCUGCCCCUCGGCACGGGGGCCGGCCCCCUGCCUGAUUCCGCAGCUGGAGCUCCAUCCUGGGCUCCUGGACAAGAACUGCCACCUGCUUCGGCUGUCCUUCGAGGAGCAGCAGCCUCAGAAGGACGGUGGGAAGAAUGGAGCCGGCACCCAGGGAAGUGAGGAGAGCCAGAGCCGGAGGGAGGAUGCGAUGAAGACAGAGAGACAGGGUGGGACCCAGCUCCAGGCCAGAGAUGAAGCCCAGACACCCCGAGAAGACAAAGCACAGAUGCCCCGAGAAGAUGGAGCCCAGACCUUGGAAGAGGACAGAGCUCAGAUGCCCCGCGAGGAUGGAGGACCCCAGUCCCAGAGGGGUGGCAGAUCCAACAAGAAGAGAAAGUUCAAAGGCAGGCUCAAGUCAAUUUCCCGGGAGCCCAGCCCAGCCCUGGGGCCGAACCUGGACGGCUCUGGCCUCCUCCCAAGGCCCAUCUUUUCCUGCAGUUUCCCCACACGGAUGCCUGGAGACAAGAGGUCCCCCCGGAUCACUGGGCUCUGUCCCUUCGGCCCCCGGGAGAUCCUGGUGGCAGAUGAGCAGAACCGGGUGCUGAAACGCUUCUCCCUCAAUGGCGACUACAAGGGCACCGUGCCCGUCCCUGAGGGCUGCUCUCCUUGCAGCGUGGCGGCCCUGCAGAGCGCCGUGGCCUUCUCUGCAGGUGCACGGCUCUAUCUCAUCAGCCCCGAUGGUGAGGUGCAGUGGCGCCGUGCCCUGAGCCUCUCCCAGGCCAGCCACGCUGUGGCCGCACUGCCGAGUGGGGACCGUGUGGCCGUCAGUGUGGCGGGCCAUGUGGAGGUGUACAAUAUGGAAGGCAGCCUGGCCACCCGGUUCAUCCCUGGGGGCAAGGCCAGCCGGGGCCUGCGGGCGCUGGUGUUUCUGACCACCAGCCCCCAGGGGCAUUUCGUGGGGUCAGAUUGGCAGCAGAAUAGUGUGGUAAUCUGUGACGGGCUGGGCCAGGUGGUUGGGGAGUACAAGGGGCCGGGCCUGCACGGCUGCCAGCCGGGCUCCGUGUCUGUGGAUAAGAAGGGCUACAUCUUCCUGACCAUUCGAGAAGUCAACAAGGUGGUGAUCCUGGACCCGAAGGGGUCGCUCCUCGGAGACUUCCUGACAGCCUACCAUGGCCUGGAAAAGCCCCGGGUCACCACCAUGGUGGAUGGCAGGUACCUGGUUGUAUCCCUCAGUAAUGGGACCAUCCAUGUCUUUCGGGUCCGUUCUUCAGACAGUUAAAGGGUCCAGGACUAGGGUGGGGAGGAGGGGGGAGGGAGAGGGCAGGGGGGAGGCAGAGCUGUCUGUGGGAGAGGACAUUUUCCUGAAGGGCAGGGGUUGGCAACUUUUCAACAUGACGUGCCAAACUGCUAACCCGUCUUCCAGUGUGUGAGAAUAGGGACCAAGCAUGGUGGCGUGACCUUAACUCUCAGAAGCAGGGGAGGCAGGUGGCUGGGUUGAGGAGAUGCUGGGCGUUCACCUGCCUCUUGUCUUUUCUGGGUGGCUGCCGCCACUGCUAUAUAGUUUAGGUUUUUGAGGUUUGUGAGCCUGUCCUGAUUUGCAUUCUUCGAAAGCAUUCCUGAUAGAGUAGCUGAGGGAGAGUCUUGGGGGUCAAGAAGGGCCCAGGGUGGGUCAGAGCUCUGACCCCCUCGGACUGGCACAGGGUCCUACAGAGUCAGAGGAGGCCUGAGCUGUCGAAUGGGCAGUAGGUGGCCUCUUCUGCCAGCCACAGGCAGGAAGCUCCUGUGGUCGUGGCAUCCCCCCGCGGCAGUACCGGCUGGGCUUGCAGGAGGAUGGGUAAGUGCAGACAGCAGCUGGGGCCAAAGGGGUUAGGGUCAAAGGCUGUGAAGAGAAUAGGCUACUGAAAAACCAAACCCAGCAGAAUUCCUGUCCAAAAAUCCACGUUCUCCAUCGCUUCUUAGCCUUUUGGCUAAGACUAAGUAUUAAAAAGCACAGGCUUGGCCAGGCACAAUGGCUCACACCUGUAAUCCCAGCACUUUGGGAGGCUGUGGCAGGAGGACUGCUUGAGGCCAGGAGUUUGAGACCAGCCUGGGCAACAUAGUGAGACCCCACCUCUACAGAAAAUUAAAAAAAUUAGCUGCAUGUGAUGGUGCAUGCCUGUCAACCCAGCUACUCAGGAGCCUGGGGUGGGAGGAUCCCUUGAGCCCAGGAGUUCAAGGCUGCAGUGAGCUAUGAUCACACCUCUGCAUUCCAGACCGUAUCUCAAAAAAAGAAAACCAAAAAACCCAGAAGACAAAAAGCAACCCAAAACAAGCAGGUUAUCCAUCACUUCUCAGCUAAGAUCAAGUAUAAAACCAAACAGGAUGUGAGUAUCAGCACAGGGAGCCCUCCGUGCAGCCACAAAGCCAAGUCUGAGGGAAGACGCACGUAGGAUAGAAAAACCUCUGACCUUCAACGCUUCUGUUUUGAUAUCUUCACAUUAUCUGGGGUCUACGUGUUGCCUUCUCUUAGUUUUCCAGAAAAAUUCCUUUUGAGAUGUGUUGGCCUCCACUUGGCUGAACUAGGGGGUGAAGGAAGGUGUCCUCUGUGGGCCACUGUUGCUGGGGAAGCAGCUGAACCCUGCAGGCCAAGUGGAUCUUGGGGGUGCCAGUGGAACCUGAGAAGUUGCAGUGGGGCUGCGAUGGGGAGGCGUCAAAGCAGAAACCUGCCGGAGGUGGGCUGUGACCGCCAGACCUUUUCCUAAAUGGUGGCAGUGGUGGGAUUGAGGGGCAAGUAGGCUUGAAGAAUGUUUUUAGCCAGGGGGCUGUUGAGAGAUGGCAGAAGGGAGUCUUAACGUGGGGACUGUUGAUAGUGGGGCAUUCGUGGGAACCAGUGGGAUUUUAGAGAAGUCCAGAUGGAACGCACAGGGCAUCGGUAGAGGGAAAAGAAAAUCCCUUUCUGGGAAACCAUUUCUUAUUUAUUGAAACAAUGGGGGACAUCAUCGAAGUCUGGGUGGACACAUUUCAAUUUUCUAAACAUUACAAAGGUAGGCACAGCAAAGAAUAAUGACAAUGAUAAGAAAACCGAGGGCCGGUGCGGUGGCUCACGCCUGUAAUCCCAGCACUCUGGGAGGCCGAGGUGGGUGGGUCACCUGAGGUCAGGCGUUUGAGACCAGCCUGGCCAACACGGUGAAAGUCCGUCUCUACUAAAAAUACAAAAACUAGCAGGGUAUGGUGGUGUGCGCUUGUAAUCCCAGUUACUCGUGAGGUUGAGGUAGGAGAACCAUUUGAACCCAGGAGGUUGCAGUGAGCCAAGAUCGUGCCGCUGCACUCCAGCCUGGGCAACAAGAGUGAAACUCCAUCUAAAAAAAAACCAAGAAGAUGGGAAAAUCAUGGAGAACUGAUUUGAUGAGGAAAAGUUUGGUCUCUAAUACACGAACUAGUGACUAGGACAGCAUUUGUUCAAAAACCCAUUUAAGCUCUGCACCUGGGAGGAAAUGCAUGCAGGCAAGGACUAGUAAAAUGAAAAAUGAUAAUACAUUUUUAAAAAGCUGGACACAGUGGCUCACGCCUGUAAUCCCAGCACUUUGGGAGGUCGAGGCGGGUGGAUCACCUGAGGUCAGGAGUUCGAGACCAGCCUGGCCAAUAUGGUGAAACCCCAUCUCUACUAAAAAUACAAAAAUUAGCUGAGCGUGGUGUUGCAUGUCUGUAAUCCCAGCUACUGGGGAGGCUGAGGCAGGAUAAUUGCUUGAACCCGGGAGGUGAAGGUUGCCGUGAGCUGAGUUCGCGCCAUUACCCUCUUGCCUGGGUGUUGCAGUGAGAUUCUGUCUCAAAAAAAAAAAAAAGGAUAAAUCCACAUGCAUUGGCUAAAAUUACCCUUGUGGUGAAAUAGACUCCUGGCACUAUAAAAAUGAUAUUUCCUGGAGAAUAAUUUGGCAAGACUUUCCAAGAAUGGCAAGAAUGAUUAUAAGAAUAGGUUGUCUCACUUUGGGGAAUACAUUCCAGGAAAAUAAUGUAAGAGAAAAAGUAUUUGCAUACAGACACUUGCGGCUACUCUAUACAGCACUGGCUAAGUAGAUUUCGGCUCGUAGGGGAAUGAGCCUCGUGCAUGACAACUCUGAAGACUAUUGAGAAGAAAUAGUUCUGUGGUGCAGUCAUAAUCCCCAAAAGUGGAGAGUCUGGAAGUCCCAUCAGAUAGUGGUCAUAACAAGGGAAGCAUCUGUCUGAAUAACUGCUGAGUAAAAUAGGUUCGGAAUUUGUAAAUAGUCAUUGAUUUGGGAGAUUGGGGUUCGGUUUCUGUUUUUUUAUAGUUACUUUGUGCUAUUCUUCAUGCACGCACAUUUCUACUUCAGUUUUGAUUAUCCGUUACAUAGCAUGUAUGCCUGGAUAUUUGCUUCAAGGAAAUACACCUGUAUAAGUGAUAUUCAGUAAUACUGGGUGUGAGAAUGAAGCUGUUGGAGCAAAGGAGAUUGUCCUAUGAGAGAAGAGGCAAGAGCCAGGGAGGGGAUCCCAGCUGGCCGGGGCUCAGCCAGGAGGCAGGGCCAUUGGGUAGGGUGGCAGACCAAGGAACCACUCUGGGAAAUUUUGCAAAGGUCAGGUUCCCCCCUCAACCCCCGACAGGUGAUUGAAUUCUCGUGGAGUAUCUGGAAGGCAGGGGAAGUUUUGUUGAGUUCGCCAAAUAACUCAGACCAACUAUAAACCGUGGAGUUUCUACAGGACCAACUAGAAUAGGGAUCAGCUACGUGGCGGAGGGUGGUGGAGGGUGGCGGAGGGUGGGGGGGGGGUGGAGGGUGGCGGGGGGACGAUGUCUGUCUUUACUGCAGCUCUGUCUGCAGAGCCAGCACUGUGAGAGCUCAUAGUAGGUGCUCCAUGAAUGUCUGUGAAGUUAAUUAAUAUCCGGAAAGGGAUGAGAUGAUGGUAUGACUCUUUCCAAAGCUUUCCCACCUGAAAUGCCAUUGCCCUAGUCAGCCAAGCUGUCCAAACCUCAGCUCGUGGGAAAUCUCCAGUAGGGGGCACUGUGGACACAGUUCAGCAUCUGCCUUCCAAAGCUGGGCUCUGGUAAAAAAGAAAAAAAAAAGGUGAGACUGGGCCAGUGCAGUGGUCAUUCCUGUAAUCUCAGCACUUUGCAUGGCCAAGGUGGGAGGAUGGCUUGAGGCCAGGAGUUCAAGACCAGGCUGAGCUUAGCAAGGCCCCAUCUCUACAAAAAAUUUAAAAAAUCAGCCAGAUGUAGUGGCAUGCACCCGUAGUCCCAGCUGCUUGGGAGGCUGGGGCAGAAGGAUUGCUCGAGCCCAGGAGUUCAAGGCUACGGUGAGCUCUGAUUGAGCCACAGCACUCCAGCCUGAGUGACAGAGCGAAACCUGGUUUCCAAAAAAAAAAGGAGAGAUGAGAUCGAGGUGUCCGCUUUGCUUCCAUGCAUGUGGAGGGGGUAGCAGGGAACUGUGAGCUGUUGGGGAUCGCACACCUCGGGGUGGGAACAGCAGCUCUCCAGAGUUGCGUGGGAGCCAUGGGUGGGCAGUGGCCCUGCCUGGUGAAAUGAUUCUAGCCUCGUGGCCCACCCAGGGGGCAAAACAGGAAUAGAGACCUUCAAAAAUGAAACGUCACCUGGCUGCAAGAAGAUAGUCCCAAGUGCCCUAGAGAUGGGGGCGCCAAGUGGCUUCCUGGGAAGCUGUAAGAAUCCACAGGGCAUUGUAAGAUGAAGGGAGAUAUUAAGUUUUCUUUGUAAAGAGGUGGGGUGGGGGGCAGUGGAGAACACCGGAAAAAUGAGAAAGAUGGAUGGGAAGUGUUGCAUCGAGCAUAAUUUGGAGCUAAAAUCUCCAACACUGUUACUGAGUGGCUGGGGGACCCCAGAGAAAGUCCUGCUCAGGACCGAGGCAAAGAGUUCCCAGUUGUAUCAGAGAUGCAAAGAAACCAGGAACAUGCCUGUAAUCCCAGCACUUUGGGAGACUGAGGUGGGCGGAUCAUCUGAGGUCGGGAGUUCAAGACCAGCCUGGCCAACAUGGUGAAACCCCAUCUCUACUAAAGAUACAAAAAUUAGCUGGGCAUAGUGGCGCAUGCUUGUAGUCCCAGUUACUCAGGAGGCUGAGGCAGGAGAAUCACUUGAACCUGGGAGGCGGAGGUUGCAGAGAGCUGAGAUCACCCGGCCAACUGCAUUGCACCUGGGAUUGUGACAAUUAACAGAGUGUUCCUUUUCCCGUUCGGAACUGGCUGGGUUGUGCAUGGACGGACCAGUGAAAAGAGAAUCCUGUCUGGGUAGGGAGGAGGGAGGUAGAAAGCCUCUUUCAUAUUCUUGGUGCCAAGAAAUGGGAAGAGAAUGAGGGAGCAGAGACCUGGGUUGUGUGCUGGCUCUGCACUUAACAGCUGUGUGAUCUUGGUCCAGUUCCUUAACCUCUCUGAGCUUCAGUUCGUAUACAUCGGUAACGUCGGGAUAAUGACAUCCCCUAUGCCCACUUCACAGAGCUGCUGUGGGGACUGGAUGAGAAACGCAGAGGAGUAUUUCGGACACUGUAAAGCUCUAAUCCAAGGUAUAGGUUAGGACACAGUUCAGCUGACUCGUAGCCACCCGAAACUCUCCAUCAGCAUGAGUUUGUAUGAGGAUGUUAGGUACGUGUAUUGUGCAGUGAGAGCUCGGGAACCCCGAGUGGAGCUGCUGCCUGCACAUUGGCUUCUCCUUUAGAGGAGACCGUUUUGUUUUGCUUUCGGCAGUUACUUGAAGAAGCCGUAUCUGAAGUCACAGCAGUGGCUUCGGGAAUAGAAGGGACCAAGGACCAGCCUGCUGAAAUGCAGUGCCAUUCCUAAAAGCCAGCCAAGAAUCAGACCGUCUUAGUUAAGAGCCCGUAACCGUAGACAUUUAGAAAAAGUUAAAAAUGGCAAGAGUGGCCCAAUCUUUUGAGAAUUUAGAGAAACUCUCGUCUGGAGAGGGAAUAGUUCCCCUUCUGUUACAGCCUGCUUACCAUGGCAUCCAUAAAGCAAUGCCAUAUUCUAAAUCUGCAGAGAUAAGAUUCUAAGGGGCGAAAGUCCAAGGCAGAAGUGACGAGUUUUGCAUGGAAACUGAUGAGGUUGGUGACCUGAGCUGGUCAGGGUUGGACAGGUGAGUGCCAGGAUCGAGGUAUCUGAUUGUCUCUCCUUGAAACAUAAGCAGAGAACUAGGUCUAUCCCAUAAAUGAAGUGGGAAAUUAGAUAGGGUGCAGACUUCCGUACUGGGGAGAAAGUCUUGGAUGAGCUGGGGCAGAGAACUGCCAGAGAGAGUACCCAGAGAUACGUCGUUAGCAGGAGAAAGACCAUGUUCAGAUGCAGAUUUGGGAAAGUAGGUAACUUGACUGAAGGUAGCAAAAUGAGCCAGCUGGCUUGUGAAUGUGGUUUAUUAAAUGGAUCAGGACAGGAGCAAAAAUAGAUUUUCUAGGGACUGCUGACUCCUGCGAUUGGAGACAUGCACAGAGUACAGCGACAUCAGACAAGACCUCGCCCGGGCUGCCGGGUGAGAAAUCCUAGGGACCGGAUAGAAGAGGGGCUGCCAGGUGAGAAAUCCUAGGUACUGGAUAGAAGAGGGGCUGUGCACACAGAGGUGAGGAAGGAGGCUUGGGAGGGCAGCCUGACUUGUCUCCAGAGAAAGUUGGAACCGGUUGGCUUAGCGACCACGAGAGACUGGGUUGCAGACGAGCAGUCUGGCGUUGGCGCCUGGUCACUGAGCGACACGGCCCAGCGCGUUUCUCUGCAUUGCCGUGGGGUAAAGCCAGUGUGCUGUAGACUCUUCCGUUCCUUUGGUUAUGGAUUUCGUAGCUUUCCUCUGUUCUUAAUAAAGUUCUUUUGAAAAUUGGAACCUUUCUCAGAUGGGAAUUUUGUAUCUUUCCUCUGUUUCUUAAUAAAAUUCUUUGUGAAAAAUUGGAA